GGCGCGCGACGGAGAGGCGGGCGCCCGGCGCGUGAGUCACUCUGCUCCCCGGGGUGCGGAGCGGGACAUCGCCUCCCGCCUGGGAUCUGCAUUUCAUCUCCAGCUUCAGCGACCAGCCGCCUUUCCGUCUAGGUGAGGGCCAGGUCAUCUGAUUCCUGCUUUGUAGCAUUCUGAAGGAUUGACCUUCUUGGAAUGUAAUCCCAGUGGCGACUCUUUUCUGUGUAGCCCACUCUGCCAUCAAACACCUGAGUGACUCCGGGUUGAUCAGGGGCGCCUCAAGAAUUGCGGAUAUCACUUCACCUGGAAGAUUCACUCACUGCUACUCAGAGCGGUUUCUGAAAUACCAUGUCUAAGAACUCGGAGUUUAUCAAUCUGUCAUUUUUGUUAGAUCAUGAGAAGGAAAUGAUCCUGGGAGUCCUAAAGAGAGAUGAAUAUUUGAAAAAAGUGGAGGACAAGAGAAUAAGGAAGCUGAAAAAUGAACUCUUAGAAGCAAAACGUAGAAGUGGGAAGACUCAACAAGAAACCAGCAGAGUCUGUGUCUACUGUCAGAGAAACUUGGGCUUAAUAUUCGACCGAGGAGACCCGUGCCGGGCCUGCUCACUGAGAGUGUGCAGCGAAUGUCGCGUCUCGGGCCUUGACGGCAGCUGGCAAUGCACCAUCUGUGCCAAAGUCGCGCAGCUAAGGAUUGUAACCGGUGAAUGGUUUUUUGAAGAAAAGGCAAAGCGUUUCAAGCAAGUCAAUCUUCUGGGCACUGAUAUAGUCCGACAGUCCAUCUUAAGAAGAAGCCCAGGAACUGAAGAAAUACAAAGUCAAGAGCAACCCCACCAGGAUGCAGAAAAGGCAGACACUUCACCUUCUGCCAGGCAAAAGGCCAGUCAUGAUGGACCCAGGAAAAAGGGAUUUCUUCUUAGCAAGUUCAGAUCAGCAACCAGGGGAGAAAUCAUAACUCCAAAAACUGAAAGUGGGCGGAGCUACAGCUUGGACUUAGACGGCCAAAACUUUCGGAGUUUAAAGUCCAUCCCUGGUUCAGACAGGGGAAGCACUGGUUCAUCAGACCUUUAUGACCAGGAAGCUGGCCCGGCAACUCGGAAGAGCAGCCGGAGCAGUGGAGUGACCCCCGUCACGCAGAGGUCACCGGCUCCAAGCACGCGCAGCGUGACCUCAGCCAGCAGUAGAAAGGAACAUGGUUUCGAAAAUUCCAUGGAUUUGGCUGCCCUUGAAAGCACAUCUGACGACCUCACAAAGAGUCGUCGCAGAAACACUUCUGGCACACCGUCCAUAGCAGUGUCUGAGGUCUCCCUCUCCUCAGACCGGAGUCAAUCUGAAUUAGAUUUGAGUGGGUCAUUUCCAGAAGAUUUAGAGAAUACUGUAAACAUAAGAAGCAAGUCUGUCCCUGGGGCUUUAGACAAAGACUUGGACUCCUUGGAAGAGACUGGGGAAGGCAUUAAUGACUUAGUGUCCUCACGGUUUUCGGCAAACACCCACAGUCUAGCAAGUGGCCUGUCAACCAGUUCUCCAGCAGGCUCUGACAGGAAGUGGACCUACCUGAAUGUCCCUGAUGCUGACUCAGACACUACCAGCCUUAACAGCAUGAUGAGUGUUUACAGUGAAACAGGAGACUAUGGCAACGUGAAGGUCAGUGGUGAAAUCCUUCUUCACAUCAGCUACUGCUACAAAACUGGCGGGCUCUACAUUUUUGUCAAGAAUUGCAGAAAUCUGGCCAUAGGAGAUGAAAAGAAACAGAGGACGGAUGCUUACGUCAAGUCGUACCUUCUUCCUGACAAGUCCAGAAACAAUAAACGCAAGACCAAGAUCAGAACAGGCACCAAUCCAGAAUUCAACGAGACAUUAAAGUACACCAUCAGCCAUACCCAGCUGGAAACAAGAACUCUGCAGCUCUCAGUCUGGCAUUAUGAUCGAUUUGGACGUAACAGCUUCCUUGGGGAGGUGGAGAUUCCUUUUGACUCAUGGAAUUUUGAAAAUCCAAGUGAUGAGUGGUUUGUGCUUCAGCCCAAGGUGGAAUUUGCUGCUGACAUAGGCCUUCACUAUAAAGGAGAGCUGACAGUUGUCUUACGUUACAUUCCCCCAGAGGAGAACCUGGUGCUUCCUCUAGAACAAGUUCAAGGAAAGAAGAGCUUCAAAAGGGGAAAGAAGAAGGAGUCACCUGUAAUAUUUGGAGGAAUACUGGAAGUGUUCAUCAAAGAGGCAAAGAAUUUGACCGCAGUGAAGUCAGGAGGCACUUGCGAUAGCUUUGUGAAGGGCUACCUGCUCCCUGAUGAUAGCAAAGCCACCAAGCACAAAACUCUGGUAAUAAAAAAGAGUGUUAACCCUCAGUGGAACCAUACUUUCAUGUUCAGUGGCCUGCAUCCCCAGGACAUAAGGAAUGUUUGCCUAGAACUUACUGUCUGGGACAAGGAGGCCUUUUCCAGCAACAUCUUUCUGGGAGGAGUUCGUUUGAAUUCUGGAACUGGUAUGAGCCAUGGGAAGAACGUGGAUUGGAUGGACUCUCAGGGGGAAGAGCAACGCCUUUGGCAGAAGAUGGCCGACAAUCCCGGGACUCCCGUAGAGGGUGUACUCAUGCUCCGUUCCAGCAUGGGGAAGUGUAGACUCUGAAGGUAUGCAGAAGUCCAUCAGAAACCUGCAAUGUUGUUCUCAGAGAGAAAAGGUAAAUUGAUCUUCAUGUCAUUCUUUUUACUAAGCAUUGUGUAGAAGUACAAAUAUUUUUAAAUCUAGAUUACAUAUGUGAAUGGCACACAAUUCAAAUAGUUCAAAAUUGUGAAAAGUCCGUCUGCCUUUCUCCUCUUCCAUAGCAGAAAUGAUUGAUAGCCUCAUUCUUUCUUAUGCAUAUAGGGUAUUACAUUAUAGGGAUAUAGCAAAUUUAUUUAACCAUUCCUAUCAAAUGCCAUGUUAAAUAUGGUUAACUAAGCUAUCUAUGUUUGGUGGCUUUUCUGAACAACCUUUUCUUUCAAACAUCAACACUUCGAAAUUCAAAGUGAGAUUUUUGGGUAUUUCCAAUUUGGGGUAUUUGUCCUACAGAGAUAGAUACAGAUGUGAGAAAUGAGUACAUACAAAAGUAUUUAUUGCAAAAUAUAGAAAAUAACCCAGUAGCCCCUCAGUAGAGGCCUUCUGCAAUAUCAUAUAUGCCUAGUUUUUCUGUGUCGUUAGUUGCUCCCUCUCCUUCUCUGUUAAAGAUUGUUAAAUGAUAAGCAUUGGAUUCUUCAGUGCUUGUUGUUUCUUAUCACUUCAUACACCAUCUCUGGAAUUAUCAUGUAUGCUGCCCUCGUAGUUUUAUAUGCUUAUAACUUCAAACUCACAUCUCCAACCCAGACCCUUCCUCUCAGCCUUAGACUCAGACCCACCUACCUAUAUGACCUAUCCACCAGCAUAGCUCAUGUUUUCAACAUAGUCAAAAUGGAACCCUUUAUUCCACCUUCCCCUUGUACCCAAUUCUUCCUAUUCUAGUAUAUCCUGUCUCGGUGCCUUGUACUGUCAUCUACCCAGUUGAGCCAGUUCAGCUGGACAGUUCAGCCCAGUCUGUCUCAGCACAGAUAAAAGCACAGAGAGUGCUCUCCAGCCCAGCUCUCCAUAUUGCCUUCUCAGAAGGUACCAUGACCUUGCUGGAGUGUCCUUGUCAGGACAUCUCAGCCCUCAGCAUUCCCUCGCUUGAAUCACACAAGUUGUAAAGGGAUAUGGGCAAGCUUUAAAGCCUGACUUUAUCCAUUCAGAUUGUCAACAGUACUUUCAGGACAUCUGGAAGAUAAUUUAUCAGCUCUCAUUUCACUUACAUUGUCACUAUAACUGGAAUCAUCAUGUUGUAGAUCUUCCAGGACACAGAAAUGCCAAGCACAAAGAUAUUUUGAUGUAACUUCAUAAUCCUAGUCUCCUUUUCCUUAAUAAACCCACACAAAUAUAUGACCAUUGAUCUUUAAGUGUUUAAGUAACUAAUGGAUGACCCGCCUGAUUCACAGUAAUAUCAGUCUCAUCAUCACCUGCUACCCUAAGGUUUAUAUUUGAUGGGGGAGGAGAAAGUCAUGGAAGAAACAAGGGCAAAUCCUACUUGUAGAAGCAAAGUAGAUCGAAAUAUUGAAUCAUCCCGGAAGUACCUCAGAGUAAAAGCCUAUGGCAUUUGGGGCUGUGAUCAAUGUUUAUUUUUUUGUUCCAUAUAGAUGUUUCACAUUAAACAGAGCAUUGCCUUUAGAAGUUGGCAGAAGGGCUCUCCUCCUAUAAUGGUGUCAUUUAUGGCCUCUGAAAUUAAAACAAACAGGAGGAGGAAAUCUACACAGGUAACACUAUAACAAAAAUUGGAUCUAGCAAAGUUUGAACAAUAGCCAUGGAAAUUGAGCCACAUCGAGGAUUCCAAAGGAUUAUCCGAAUCAUCCGGAGUAUGAAUUUAAUACACUGAUUCCAGAGCAUUGCUCCAAACCUACUGAACAAAAUCCUCAGAAAUUCCCAUCAUUCUAAUCAAGAUUCUUGGGUGAUUCUGAUACAAAUGGAUCACAGUUUGAGAAACACUGCAUAAGAAGACAAAAUAACUCAACUGUAAUAACUGGACUCACUCUAUGUCAUGAUGGCAGGUUAGAUUUGGCUAACUUGGACAUUGUUCAUUGCAAGGCAAUCAUGGUGAAACGGAAGGAGCCUAACCUCGGACUCAGAUGAUAUUAGCUCAAGUCUUGACUGCUUACCAACUAUGUGACCUCGGUCAAGUUAAGUAUCCAAUCUAGGCCUUGAUCUUUUUGCCUGUAAAAUAGGAAUAAUCAGGAUAACUUGGAGUUACUGAAGAUAUGAAAGAAAGUAAUAUAUGUAAAUAUGCUUUGUAAAUUUUAACCACUGGGGUGGGGGAGGCCAUUGGUGAGCUAGAUACAGCACUCUGUUGUUCAUAAUCUCUUGGGCCCUUCUUUUCCUGAAUGCUUGGAUGGAACUUAAUCAUUCUAUGUACAAUUAAGUGGUCUCCAGUGUAUAGAAAUACAAAAAAAGGGAGAAGAAUAAGAGUAAGAAGAAGAAGAAGAAAAGAAAAAAGAAAGAAAGAAAGAAAGAAAGAAAGAAAGAAAGAAAGAAAGAAAGAAGGAAGGAAGGAAAAGAAAGAAAGGAAGAAAGAAAAUCUUAUUUUGUGCUAUAUUACCCAUUGUGGGUAAUAGUAAUUUAUUUUUAGGCUGGAAUUUUCUACUUCAUCUGACUAGAUAAUAAAUAUUUCAAAAUGUGUUUUAUUUGAUGGGGAGAAAAACUGUGGUCAGUUUUUUUGUUGACAGGUUGUGGAAUCUACAAGCAAACCAUGUUGCCAUGCCUUUCCUUAACACCCUCUUUUGGUGUAAAGACCAUCUCUUUCUGUGGCCCAUUGCUUAUCCUUCACGCUAGAGAGAUCAAAUGUGCUUUCCUCACAGGGUUGUUGUUCAGAAUUGUGCUUUUUAUUUACAGAAGGAAAUUUACCGUUCUGUUGAAACAAAUUCCAUAGAAAUACAAACUACUCUUGGCAUUAUGAGGAAUGCACAGUGUUUCAAAGAUCAGCAUUUGUACCUCAUUUGCCUCCCUAGAACUCAUCAAACUAUUCUGGCAGGGGGUUCCUUCCAUAUUUGGAAAAGGGAAGUGGAAUAUGUAGUUAGUAUUGCCUGUACAUGACAAAACACUCAUAUGGGGUAGUAGAUCAUAUUUUUAUCUUUAGUAUCUCAGCACAAAGGGAGGCUUAACUCUGCUUUUCUUUUUCUUUGGUUGAGGCAGAGAUUAACACAGCAAGAAAGUAAAAUAUUUUAUUAUAAUUUAAAGCAAAAGUUUAAGUCAUUGGCAUUUGUGAGGGAAAAAAAGGCUCCUUAUAGAAGAACAGAGAACUAGAUACGUGUUUGAAUCUAAAUAUUUUCGUUUCACCUCUUUAUUGUUAGAUCUGCUUACUUUGGGAAAGAGUCUGAUUGCUCCUUCCAUGCAUUUUUUUUCUGCUUCGCCCAAGGUUAAUUUUGUCUUCAGAAAGUUGACACUCGUUUGUGCAAAUCCAUGAGAAUUGAUGAUUCCAAACAAUAACACUUUUAAAAUCUUUCUCACUUGGAAACAAGGAAGGGAACCAUUCUGUUACAAGACAGUUUAUGUCCAUCAUUUAUGGUUAAACUAUAGUUAGAGCAAUUGCAGGUUGGGAAUAUAUUUUCUUUUCUAUCCUUUCCUCAUAUUCAUUAUUCAUAAAUGGACAUUUUUGAAGAGAGAUCAUUGGCUUUCAGUUGAUAUGAAGAAAUAGAUGUCUAGAAUUUCCUGGAUCUUUUUGCUUUUGACCUUCAUUUGUCCUCCUUAAUUCCUAAAUAUCUUCCUACAUUGUCCCUCUGACUAAUGGGGUUUAUACAAGAACCUUAGGAACUCCUCAUGAUCCCACAUGGAUUAAUGGAAAUAUUAUUGUUAAUUUUCAGCUUUUUCCUUUUACCUCAAAACCCAGCCCUGUUAGAAUCAUAUGCUUGCAAAGCAUCUGAAUGCACAAAGCCAGUUUACGGGAUUGGGUAGGGGCUGUCCUGGCUACUUCCCGGGGUGCCAAGUUAUAAGGGGCACUAAACAUCCCUGAAAAGGUAAUGAGGUAGAGAACUUCUCUAAGGAAAAGUAUGGUAUUAGGAGGAUGAAAUAAUGUCGAUUUCAAUAAAUAAGUGAAGAAGGGACCCCAUGCCUGAAGAGCGAUUCAUGGUUGAUAAAUUCUAAGAAAGACAGGUCUAUUUAGAGGCAAAGCGUUUGUUUUGUUGAAUAAGGUUUACAGUUUGGGCUAGACAUGAAUUGCUAAGGACGUAGGGAAAGGGGGGGUGCUUCCAUUGAGGGUUUUCUUUGUACCCCUUCCACCAGGCAGGUGUUCCUCAAAUGUUACACAAAUAUUUACAGAACCUCUGAGAGGGGCACCAUGUCAUCAGUGCAAGAAUUGGCCCGACUGAAUGUACUUGGUCUCCAUUCCUAGAUUGACUGUGGUUGUCACAAGCAGUUCAUUUGGUUGUUUUUUUUUUGUUUUUUUUUUCUGGGCCUGAAGAUGAGUCUAAGAGUUUAGUGGGCUGGAGAAGGAAGACAAACUCUCAAUAUCCUAAGAACAGCUAACAAUCAUUGGCUCACUGGGACAUUAGAACAGGGGCUCUCCUUGGGAAGAAAUAAGAGGGGUAAUUUUCCAAACUGCCAAAGGCUGGGUAGCCUACCUGUGAGUGUGUUCAUUUCUGCUUUGUCUCUGCCACCCACCUGCUUUGGCUGCCAAUUUAUUCUCCUAAACCCUUGCUCAGAUAGGAAUCUGACUUCUUUGUUUGCUUUUAAAUCCAUAGAUUUUAUUUCUCAUAGCAGUAUUAGGUUUACAGAAAAAUUGAACAGAAAGUACAGAGAGUUCCCAUAUACAACUACACCAUCCCCAACAAGUUUCUCCUAUAAUGAACAUCUUGGCGUAGUACAUUUAUUGCAGUUGAUGAAUCAAUACUGGUACAUCAUUAUUAACUCAAGUCCGUAGUUUAUAUUAGGGUUCAUUCUUGGUGUUUUACAGUUUUGUGGGUUUUGACAAAUGCAUAAUAUCCUGCAUCCACAAUUACAUCAUCAUGCAGAAUAAUUUCAGUGCCAUAAAAAUCUCCUGUGCUCUAACCUGUGGCAACCACUGAUCUUUUUACUGUCUACUUUACUGUAGUGUCUUUCCUUUGCCUUCUCUUAGAAUGUCAUUAGUUGAAAUCAUAUGGUAUGUACCCUUUCUGACUUGCUUGUUUCACUUAUCGAUGCGCAUUUAAGGUUUCUCCAUGUCUUUUUCUGGUUUGAUAGUUCAUUUGUUUGUAUUUUUUUUAAUUUCAUUAAGAGCACUUAACAUGAGAUUUUACUGUCUUAACACAUUUUUAAGUAUAUGAUACAGUAUCUUUGCUUUUAAAUAAAGAGAAAAGGAUGGAAAACUCUAGGAAACAGUAACAUUUUUUAAAUCCCCUGGAGAUGAUGGGAAGUCUGCAUUUAUUUUGCUAGUUUUCUUGGUUUUCUUCAACUGUUCCUAUUUACUUGUCUUGCCAUGUUUAGUGCAAAAUUAGCAGCAAUACUUAAAUGUUUAACAUGCCUACUUCUAAGCUUCUGUAUGGAAUAUGUACCCCAAACCAAAGCUUUGUGCCACCCUGUACUCGCUGCAAACUUUAAUGUCUUUUUCAUUAAAUUCACUUUCCUAAUA